UGGUGCUGCGGUGGAGGUCAGUAAAAGUAAACAAUCAGCGAGCGUUCUUUCUCUUCCGCAUCGUAUAUCCGUACCGUUCAGCGGCAACGGCUGCCCGCCGUCUAAUAGUGGUUUGAGUGCCCUGUUUCCAGUUACGUGGACAACAAUACCUAGGAAACAGUCGGAUCACGCCACCGCCACAUGUCCUGACUAACGUGGCUGGUGCUGUGUUUGAUGGUGGCUCCGAUGGUACAGUCAGUACAGACUGGGUGGCGACCCAUACCUGGUCCUGGCCCUAGCCUCGAACCAGGCCCUACUCUAGGUUCCUUACCUAGCCCUAUCAUCCCCCGCACACUCUUCCACUCUCACCUUCCCAGACCUCACCCUGCCUGUACCCUCUACAAGGCAGUGUUUGAUCAAGACACGUUCCAGCAGUACGUACAAUACAAGACACAGAUCCCAGACUUAAAAGAGUUCACACUCUGUAUGUGGCACAAGUUCUACAACCACAGUCAAGAUCAACCUUUGUUCUCCUAUGCUCACCGAGACAAAUCCAGGGAAAUCUACUCAUGGGUGGCAAAUUCUGAGUCUGCCAGUUUCUACAUGUUGGCCAUCAAUGGGCAGACACUGUACCGACUUAACUACCCAGUCCGACUACACAAGUGGUACCACAUGUGUCAAUCGUGGAAUGGCAAGACUGGAGAAUGGCAAAUAUGGGUCAACUCAGAACGUAUUGGAAGGGGAUUCCAUAACCUGUUGGUUGGCAAGCCAAUAAAGGGAGGCGGGAUGGCUAUUAGCGGGCAGGAGCAACUGAGGUACAGUGGUGGCGGAGGGGGGAAAGGUAGUGUACCAGGGCUGUUGGGAGAGGUGACUCUUGUGCAGCUGUACAAGGCAGCUCUCACAGCAGGUAAGGCAUACACCAACCAUAAACACCAUCAUGUACACCACUUCCAUCAUGAGGAUAAGCCCGGGGAGGAUGACUAUGCCAUCUCAUCUCCAUCCACCCCUGCCCCUCCACCUACUCUGCGAGGCACUGACUUCCCAUUCCUCUCCAACGGUCAACUCAUUCCUAUGCUACCAAUACCUGAGUUGUCAGCAUUCAGAGGACAGUCGGACCCUACCGUCACCGGCUUAUUUACUCCUUACACUGGACAAGUAGAUCUACUUCUACCAGGAAUGCAGCGACUGUUCAAACGUGAUCAGACAAAACUUGCAAGCACUCUCGGAAAACGCAUAAAGAAAUCGGAGGAGAGUAGUAUUGCUGAGGAUCAAAUGGGAGACAUUUUAAAAGUGGAAACUAGAGAAUCCAGAAAAGUUAAAAGGGAGACGACUAAAGUAGAUGAAAGAAAAGUGAAGCCCAUUAAUGAAGAUGAUAUUUUAAAAGAAACCGAUGACAAAAAAGAUGUGGAAGUGAAGAAACGCCAGACAAUGGAAGAGGAUGGAUCAAAUGAAGAUAAACACCACAAAAAGAGAACACUCUUUGAUGAUCAAUUUCAGUUUGGGCUUAUCCCAGGUGACGAUUUAUCUGGACUUUUCCCUGGAGAUGGUUACAUCCUCGGAGGUGGUGGUAUAAAGUUUGAUGGAGAAGAGACUAACAGUGCUGACCCCGAGCCUACCCAAGGAGGGGUGCAGAUGGAGCCAGCAGAGUGGGAAGUCAGGAGCAUCAUGGCAGUCUGCUCAGGAUGCAGUGAAGAUCCUUUCAGAAAGGCGAGUCUCAUCUCGUGGAGAGAGACAUCCAAGAAACUUUAUGCAGGAGCAAUGUAUGUGCCUGCUAUUCCAGAGUGCCAAAGGUUUUAAGUGUGCCAAUAAUUUGUGACAUAGAGACAGAUGAAACAGUGAGUCAUUUCAUUGGUAGGAAAGAGUACAACAAAAAGGAGAAAUCAUAGCAUGAAUGAAUAAAAGGUACUUGUUCAGAGAACUGAACUGACUUUAAAUAGAAAGAUUUUUCAUCAGUAUUAUCACUCUCAUUAGUAACAAUUUUAUAGUUUUUAUCAUUUGGCAACAUAUACGGGUUUUUUAACUUUAAAAGAGAAUUAUUAAAGUGUAAUCUCUCAAAGUAAUAUUGAAAGUUCAAAAUGUUAUAUUAGUUUUACAGGUAUCUAGAAUAAAAAAUAUUAAGUUAUAUAAUACUUGAGCUAUACACAACUUACUGUUUGGUACUUAAAUGGGUGAUUUAUACAAAAAUGUAGCUUAAGUUUUCGGGGAUGAUAUGCUUGAGGACCAUAUGAGAACUGUAAUAUAAAAAACUAAUAAGUUAUCUAAACAAAAAAUCCCAUUCCCAAGUCAAAACUAAUCUUAAAUCAAGCUAUUUUGAAACAAAUGUUCAAUUAAUUUAUAGUAAUUACAUUUUUUAUAAACAAAAACAGAAAAAACUAAAUUUAUUAACAAUAUACAGGAUUUAAAACAUACAUUAUUAGCUUCAUGUACAAAAUACUAAUCAAAAUCAUAUCUAAAGAAUUACAAAGUGCAAGAUGUUUGUAUUUCAAAAAGUCUGUUAACAUAAAACCAAAACCAAAGUUAGAGGACUUAACUAAAGCCAAGCUCAUCAGAUAACAUUUUGAUUGUAAGAACCAUAAUGAGAAUCACCAUUAGAACGAUUGAAUGUACAAUUCCUACACUACUUAUAGUUUUAAGUUUUAAUGUAUAAUAUAAGUUGUAAUUAAUUUGUAAGAUAUUAAAUUUUUGUAAACAAAA